AUGCAAUGCGGUCUCUCUGGCUGUGAGUUCAGGAGGAGGAGGAGGGGGAGCCAGCUGCUGAUGGCUCAGUGCCAACAUAACUUAUCCUGGAAGCUGCGCCGAGCGCUAGCAUGUAUCAGGAGGAAUGGCUGCUCCAGGAGACAGUGUGCCAUUAUCUGCUGCCUGGCCGUCCUGCUGCUCAUCGCUCUGCUGCUCUACUCCCGGUCCCUGGCCUCCACUCUGCAUGGACACGGCCAGCCUGUCAACACCAGACCUAUCAUUGGUAAGAGACCCGGCCAGGGGCCAGCAUGGACAGGCAUCCCUGGGAUUGCAGGGUGUUGGGUAUCACAAUGUAUCACUGGCUUCCACUGACCAUCUGAGUGUAAUGACUCUGUAUGAUGACCAGGGACCACAGCACCAGAGACAGAUGUGUUGUAGUGAUUGGCCCAUCCAGACAUUAAAAUAUAAAAUGCAUUUAGUAAGAUAACAGGACAGAGAGAGUGCUGAGAGAGACAGAGAGACCAUACUACAUUUGUGAUCCCCAGUCUUCUAAUAAAGAAGCCCAUGUUUUAUUGUAUCACUAUAAAUAGUUACACUAGCAUUUCUCCUUAAUUUACAAUUUCUCUGUUACUAAAGCAGUCUGUUCUUACCCGAUUCACUGCUAGCAAUCAAUUUCUAUUUAUUGUCCUGCUAUUACCAUCACUAAUCCAGUCUAUUUAUAAAGAAAUCUAUUCUAAAUGGUACAACAUUUCAAAAUAAUUUAUAGAUGGUAUUUAUCCACCUAUAAGUUGAAUAAAAUAAAAUCCAGAUAUUUUAGAUAAAUGUUGGAAUUAUUGUGGAAUGCUUUCACAUGUUUUUUGGUAUUGAACUAAACUCACACAAUUUUGGCAGAAAAUACAUAAAUUAAUCCAAAAAGUAAAUUCUGAUAUUCCCGUACUCACAAAAAAUUGAUAAAAUUAUAAUUGGACAUAUCCUUUUAUCUGCUACUAUGGUCAUCACCAGAUACUGGAGGUCACCAACAAUCCAUACUAUUAAAGAAGUUUUUAAUUAUAUACUAGAAAAUGAGGGGUACGAAUUGGCUCUCAGACAACCUUCUUUGCAGUUAGAUAACCUUAGACACUACUGGGAUCAAUGGGGAACAAAGAUUAAAAAAUAAUAUAAGUUUUUAUUGCUUGUAUAAAGAAAUGCAUUUGGAAAAUAGUUUGACAACAACAUUUUUUAUUCUAUUGUGCUAUUAUCUGAACUAGGUAUUGUUGUGUUAUGUUAUGUAUACUAGAAUUGGUUAUAGUCAUUACAAUUUAAGUUGAAAAAAAGCUAUUGUGGAGGGAUGCACUCCCCUUCCCCUUUUUUCCUUCUUGUUUUCUUCUUUCUUCCCCCCCCCCCCAUUUCUUUAUUUUUUGUUUUAUUUAUUAAUAUUGCAAUUUAAUUGCAUAGUUCAUUUAUACCAAUAUGUUAUCACAGUGAAAAUUGAUUAUAAAGUGCCUGUUCAAUACUUUCAUAAUUGAUUUACAUAUGGACUGCAUACAUUGAUAUUUACCCUUUUAAUAUAUAACAUAUAUAUGGUAUUUUCUUUUUUAUUGUAAAAGUUAUUGCCAUUGUAAAACUAUAUCUUUAAUAAAAUAUAUUUGAAAGAAGAAAGAAAAUGGGGAAGGGGAGAUGACGAAACAUUUUCAAAGAGGAAAGUGUAUCUACAUAUUGUAUGAUACAGAACAAAUGGUAUCAGAAUACAACAUGAUUUGUUUGUUUUAACUAUUGUAUCUUUUAGCGUUUAACAGUAAGCCUUAGAACAAGCUCUAGUUGUAUUAGACUUAACUUUCAAAAUAAAUGUUUUCAAGUCGUUGUGUUCUUUAGAGCUGUAUUUACCUUUAUUAAUAUAUACUGUGCAGUUAGUAAUUUUUAUAUUUUAGUACAAAUUGUUCAUCUAGCAAGGAAAACAAAUUAACAAUACUCAAUUGCUCUUGUGCCUACAUGUAGUUUUUCCAGUAGUACUACUUUUGUAUACAUGGCAAUUACAGUGUUAUGUAAAGUGUUCUCUGAUGGAUUGUUGAAUUCCUUUCCAACCCGAUUUUGUGCUGGUUAUUAUUUGGAACUUUCUGAAUUUGUAUGGUUGACAAUGCUGAAUUGACAGCAUUAACACAAAUUAUUAAAACUUGUGGUGCUCUGUCUGCUUCUGUAAUAUUACAAUAGUAUUCUAAGAGUGUUUUCAUUAAAAAAAACAAACAGAAAAAAACAGGUUCUGGUUAGAAUAACCCUUUCUGUGGUGGUAUGUCCCUCAAACUCAAACAAAUAAAGAAAAUAGCAAAAACUUCUAUUACAUUGCCGAGGCCAAGUUCUCCCCUUAGCCUAAUCCCCCCUGGUUUCAAAGUGAAAUGCUACACAUACAGACUCUACUCUAGGCUUAAUAUUUAUCAAAGACGAACUGUAAAACAAGUAAGGCUAGCUGAACAGGAAAAUCACUUAACUUUCCAAAGUGUUUUUCUUUUUUUAUUUUCUCUAAAAACACCUUUGAUACAACUGGACAAUCCCUAAAUCCUGGACUGGUAGGCGUGCCUUGAGGAUUGGUUUGGAAACCACUGAAUUUAAGUAAAGAGUACUAAAUAAUAUGUUAAUGUAACUUCCAUGAGAAUAGUUUGUUUAAAUAUUUUCCACUAGAACUAGGGAUAUAACCCUACUUCUGCACUACACCAGGUAGAGAUCAUAAGAGUAGAUAAAAUUAAAAUAUUAACAAAGCACUUGUCAAAAAUAUGCCUAUGCCACAAGCUCCUGGAGGAGCCUGCUAGCUAGCCCCCCUGCCCAAGGACUAUGGUCCGUAUUCAAAGACCCUGUUUGGGAGUUAACCUGCCUGGCCUCCCUAAGAGACUUCUCCUCAGUUCCCCUGGUUCGGUACCUUUUCUCUCCCAAAUUCAGCCGAAUGAUUGCUCCCUAGUGGUCGUUCGCACGGACCAACUCAUGAACAUACUUCAGCGGUACUUAGCCGCGAUCUCUGGAACCGUUUUUGUCUAUGCGACCUUGCGGUUCCGGGUCAUAAUGGUCCAGUGUUUUGAUCCCCUUGCCAACCUGCCAGGAGAGCACUUUUUGGAAGGAAGGUGCCCAAGACUGUAAGGAGCAAACGCUCCCUGAGAGCCAGGAGGAGUACCCCUUAGUUCAUCCACAGGAGCUCCUGAAAGUUGACUGGCAAAAGCACUAAUCGGCAUAGGACCACGUUUGCGGCAGGUCAAAACUUUGCCCUCGUGGCGAACCCCCUACACUACAUGGAUCUGAGCACUAUUUGGACAAUUUGGGCGCUCAGAUCAGGGUUAUUGGGGGAAAUAGGACACGUGGGGGUAUUUUCGUGUAUUGAGUUUGUUUUGGGGCUUUUUGUGUGUGUACCCUCUGUGACCUGGAGAUAAUUAGUUUACUGGUUAUCAAUUCAAUUAUAUCCUGGACACAGACGCCUGGGCGGGGUUAUGUGGAAUACAAUGAAGAACCCAUGCUGGGGGUCUGUGUAUAAAUGUGUGUGCUUUUGGCUGAAUAAACCAGUUCAUUUUGUACUCUUCAUUAAGUCUCAACUGAUGUUUGGGUAUGCAAAAGUUAUAAUCACUGCUUAAUAACAGGACCUGGGAGAAUCUACAGCGGAGGUACCACUCUGGUUACAGGCGCUCCAUUACAAACGUAGUGAACGUUUAGGGAAGAUCAUGGGAGUAUGUGCAGUAUAGCAUCAAUAGAGGGCAUCCCUCUGGCCCUUUGUGUCUCGGAGGCCAAGUCCUUUCCCCACCAGGGGCAGUCGGAAAAUCUGGGUGGUAGCUGUCGUUGGUGGUGUGAUCCUCUGCCUGCAUGGUCAAUGCAGAGGGGCCAGGCCUCGGGGCUGAGGUAUGCAAACAGUAGAAAGAUGAGAUACUUGAACAAUAGCAUCGCCCUGAGGUGCUCUUGCAUCUCCGGAAGUAAGGUUCUCUCUCCCUCUUCCUGCUGUUUUGUCUGGGUGGCUUUAGCACGCUCUCGCAGUCUAACCCAAAAGGCCCGAAAUAUCUAGUCCAGACAAGAGUCAAAGAAGUCGCACUGAGGUUCCUGAGAUGGGUUUACACCGUGCAAGUCAGGUGGAAAGGCAUCUGCCAUCUUGUAUAGUUGGAGUUGUGGCAAAAGUGUGGCUUGUAACGAAUGGUAAGUGCAGCCUAAUUAGCUUGAGUCAGUCCAGUGGGGACCGGGAUAUGCCCCACCGGUCUGGGGGAGAGGGGUUAGGAGGGCAGCGGGACUCUACAGCUGUACAGAGAUCUGAAGGGUGAAAUUGACUGCUUCUCCCCAACUCUGUCCCCAGCAGGCUGUAGCGGUGGAUCUCUGGCUUCAGGGAGGUUAAAAGUCUCAGGUAACCUCCCUGAAGCCAGGAACCCCCCGAUAGGAGAAGUGGUCUUUAGUGGGAGUAUUAGCUUAUUAGUUGGGUGUAGCACCUUAAAAUCAGCCAAAGAAAUAGGAGCUCGUGCACAACAUGUCUGGUCAUCUCGAAGGUCAGCCUCCGAUAUAUAUAUUUUUUUAUACAUUAUAUUUUUUAAUAUUCUAAAAUAAUUAUUUUUAAAUGUUCUACAAAAAGUAUGAAAUUAUUAGAAAAGCUUAUCUUAAAUCAAAAUAUUAGAUAUUACUUUUGCUAUUUGUUUUUUCUUUUUGUGCAUGUGCUCGUACGAUAUGUAGGUGCCAGAGCACCCAUGAUCAUGCCUAUCAUGAGAUGGUCUACAACAUGGAAGUACAGUGGAGUACAAUUUUUACUUCCUUUUCAAUGCAGUAGCAUUUACUGGAAUGAGGUAACCACUAAAUUGAGUUGGGUGUUCAUUUAAGUCAUUACUACAGAGAAACACACAAAAAAAAGAAAAAUCAUGAAAUAUGUUUUUAAAAACUGCUUGUAUUUAUAAUUCUAUAAAAUACUGAAAUAUUGUUAGUAUUAAAUAUAAUUUUAUUGCAUUAUGUGUCAAAACACAGACCUGAAGCUAAUGCAUUGGUGUCUAUUGCUAUGCUAAGAAUUUUCUAAAUUGCCCCAUUUUGACAACCCUCCUUGUAGUUAUUGUGCUUGAUAGCAACAUGUUUUAGGAAAGACCGUUGCAGAUAACGAGUCCGUUCUUUUGCAGACUGGUUUUACCAGUUACAGUUGCUCUGAACUUUAUAUAGGUUUGUUUUUCAGACUGUGGAAGGAUAAUGUUUAAGAAACAUGUUUUUAAGAUUUGUAAUGCCAUAAUAUCAACUGCAAUGUGAUUAAAAGGAGCAGUCCAAUUUGAGAUGCCAUAUAUCAGGGGUGCCCAAAAGGUAGAUCCCCAGAUGUUGUAGAACUAUAACUCACAUGAUGCUUUGCAUGCCUUUAGAAUGACAAAACAUUGGGGAAGUUAUAGUUUUAAAACAUCUGGGGAUCUACCUUUUGGGCACCCCGAUAUCAACAACCAUGUGAUUUAAAGAAAUACGUACAUUUCUCACUCUGUUUUGUAAAUGAAGAGCUACUCAGCCAAUCAAUGGUGCCCUUAUUCGAGACUUUGUGUUUUAAACCCUGACUGUAGGGGAUGUUAAUGGGAAGAGCUAACGGGCUCCGCAUUCAAGACUUCGAGGUUAAACCGUUUCUGAUUAAGUUGUUAUGGUUCCUCCCUUGAAGCAUAUCUUCAUUGCAUUCUGGAAUAUAUCCAGAUCAGGAGGUCAUGUUUUUAAAAUUUGACUAUAAUGCUGCCUUCUUAAUUAUUCAUUUAACUAGGAAUUGGGAAGGUUGAUAGAAUAAAUAAUUAGUCCUCAACAAUGAAUAGCCUAAGUUUCAGAAUCUAAAAAGCAUAUACCUUAUUUUUCGCUCUAUAAGAUGCACCACACCAUAAGACGCACCUAGUUUUUACAGGAGGAAACCCAGAAAAAAAAUUUCUGAAUAAACUGUCCCAAAGUGUUUCUUAACACCCCUCUCCCCUGUCCCAUAGUGUUCCUUACCACCCACUCCCCUGUCCUGUCCCAUAGUGAUCUUUAACCCCCCUCCACUGUCCCAUAAUGAUCUUUAACCCCCUCCCAUAGUGUUCUCCCCCCUCCCCUUGUCCCAUAGUGUUCUCCCCCCUUCCCAUUGUCCCAUAGUGUUCUCCCCCCUCCCCUUGUCCCAUAGUGUUCUCCCCCCUUCCCAUUGUCCCAUAGUGUUCUCCCUCUCCCAUUGUCCCAUAGUGUUCUCCCCCUUCCCCUUGUCCCAUAGUGUUCUCCCCCCUUCCCAUUGUCCCAUAGUGUUCUCCCCCCUCGUCCCAUAGUGUUCUCCCCCCUUCCCAUUGUCCCAUAGUGUUCUCCCUCUCCCAUUGUCCCAUUGUGACAUUUAUAAUACUAAUCCAGCGUAAGAUUGUCAUUUGCCGCAGUUAUGCUCCCCAAGAUCUCCUGGUAAUCUGGUGCUUCUCAUUGCGAGAACAUAAGGUGACUAACUCUGGGCAGACAGGCAUGUACAGCAGGUUCUGGGCCCCAUAUUCUCACGUUGAGGUGUUUAUACACAUGAUAUAGACACAAAUCAGCAGAAAUUAACUUAAUAAAUCAUUAAGGACAUGUUUUAUUUUUCUAUGAAUUACAGGACUUGGCAUAAGUAGCUACUUUCUUUUGUAUCUAAAUGCUUGUCAGAAUUCUUAUUUUGAUAAUAUAAAUUUUAAUUUAUUCAGGGCAGGUUGGUAGAAAAGACACAACACAAGCUGUUAAAUAAUAUAAUAAUAAUAAAAAUAUUAGUGAAUUGUUAGUCCUAUUACAGCGAUCCAGAAUUUAAUUUCACAUCUUAAAUUGUAUUACAUAGACAUUCUUGCCUUUUACAGAGGUGUUAUUGCAGAUAAGGGAAAGGGACACAAAAGGCACCAUAACCACAACCAUUCAUCUGGCGGCGUGUCAUCCAAGAAAAUAGUUUUUUUGAGGGGGCUAUAUUGCAUGAUUAGGGAUGAAUGGUUUAAGACCCAUACUGCUCCUUUUAAAUAUGGGUCCUAACUCAAGCCCUUUAUCUUUCUUACCUCCAAGUAAGGUUGUUCAAACCUUUUCUAAAUUCUGACUAGCUGCAUAUGUUCCCAUUAACAUCUGCACAGUGUUUGUUUAAACAUUUUUUUUGAAAAAAUCAUGGACGCUGUUAGAGGCUUGCAUUCACUUGCACAGUUCGGUCUUCUUUAUUAUGUUUAUUGUUUCCAUGAAUGAGAAGCAACAUGUGGCUGAAUGGUUCAUCAAUGUGAUUCUUCGGCUCAUUCUUCUGUGAUGCAUUCCAAAGCAUGUAGAUAUCAUGCAGUGGUUUGUAUGCUAAUUAUUUUCUCCAUUUAUGUGAAGCUAUUGGUUGGGUGAGAUUUCAGACUGUAGGUUGAAGUGGACUGAAUAUAAUCUGUAGGAGAAAACAUGUGAAGGAGACUGUCACAUUGGGGUUUCGAUUUAAUGUAGUAAAAUAUUUCAUAAUAAAGCACAUGUUGAAUAAAUUAUAUACAAUAUGGGUAAGAACAUGAUUUACAGAAUUCAUUUGUGUUUUACUUUUAACAUUUGUCUAAUGGCCAUAUGUUGAUUGUGUCUUGCCAUUUCAGGAAUAUUGACGCAGGAGACAAUUUUUGAAGAGUGGGAAUUGCAUGGCUCAUCGUACAUUGCUGCCUCUUACGUGAAAAGCAUUGAAUCUGCAGGAGCAAGAGUAAUCCCUAUAAUGUAGGUUUUGUGAUCAAGUAGACAGUGAGUUGUGGUGUGUUAGGAAAUGACAUGCAGAUAUAUGUGCAAAUCUCUAAAUCGGUCAAGUAAGGGUCAUGCGCAGAUCUCCAACUCUAUGCAGUUGGGAUCUUUUUUCACUCCUCUCCAAAAGAACAAAAAUUUUUUUUUUUUAUAAAGAUAAAAUCAUUAUGAAAUGCUUAUAAAAACAUUGACAUUACAACCUAUUAUAAAGAUAUUGUGAGACAAAGUAGGGACUACUUCAGCACCCGGGGUCUUUGAAAAAUAUUUAAAGACCCCUGGAGGUGACAGAGCCAUGUUAAAGGAACACUCCAAAUGGAAUACUUAUUACAGUGCACUGUAGUAUUAUAGUGCCAAGAGUGCCUUUGUAAAGUACUCUGUGACGGUAGUCACCAUCACCUGGAGCUUCAGACAGGCUGUUUAUGUAAGUCACUGGACUAUUAUGUUUUAGUUACCCUGUACCCAUUAUAGGUGCAGGGUGUGUAUUGUUGUUUUGUUGUUGUAUGUUUUGUAUGCUCUCCUGUCCUGCUGAGGAUUGCUACCAAGUUGGUGGGUUUGGCUGUUAUGUUGUAUUUUUUUUUUUAUAUGAUUUGGUUAAUUGUAUUUUAUUGAGUUGAUGUAACGAGCAUAUGUUAGUUCCUUGUGGAACUUGUGUCCUGUGUGGAUUUUUAGGGAUCCCAGUGACAGAGUGUUCGGACCUGUUGGCUGGCUGCACGAUCCCUGUAGCCCUGGGAUAAAUCAAGAGAGCUAGGCCUGAAAGCCGCAAGUGCCUUUGUAAAGGCAAUAGCAAUCACUGUAAACAGAGCUGCAGAUGAAUAGGCAGAGGGGACGAAACCAGCCUGGAAGGAAAGCUGCAGAGGAAUAGGUAGAGGGGACGAUACUUGCCUUUUGGGUGGAAACGCUACAGAAGGACCACAGUCAACCGUCGGUGACUGGGGCGGAAGCGUUCCAUAGUCCCUGCAAGCGGCUAGGAAGCGGAUAAGCUGGAGGUACUUGAUCGGAGUACUGGAGCUCUGUCGCAUACCCAAAUCAUUUUAGAGUGUUUUGACUUUUACCUGGGGUCUGCAAGCCUACUCCUCACAUUCACACACUACAUCUGACCUUCCAGUUCACUGUAGGCUGCAGUGAUUAUGGUACUUGGAGUAUUCCUGUAAUGCUGAUGCUUGCUACCAAGUCGAUGGAUUUGGCUGUGGAGCCUGUACAGCUACAAUACGCUUACAUAAAAAUUUUUUUUUUUUUUUUUCAUGUAAGCGUAUUGUAGUUGGAUAGUUGUUCAGGAUCGCCACUUCCAUAAAGAAGGGGAUCUGAAAAUGUAUUUUAGAUUCAAUCAUGUCGUAUAGUAUUUUCCUUUCCAAAAAUAAAUAAGGAACUGCACUCACUUCCAUCACUCUGAGCCAGGGUGCAACUGAACCAGGACUAAGCACCAGGUACCAGAUACAAUAUGCAGAAAGUACAAAUAGCUUCAGGCAAUUUAUUGAAACUCAAUGUUACACCACAACGUUUUUACCUACACAGUCAUUGUUCAGCUUGACAAAGACCGGGUAGGUUGAAACGUUGUGGUGUGGAGCUGGGUUUCAAUAAAUUGUUCUGAACCUUGGAGUGCCUGAACCUAGAUGUGAUACUGGCGCCGGCCAGUAGGUGGCGCUGUGUGUGUGGAGAGAGACAGGGAUAGAAAGUUACAGCAUCUCCCUCCCUGCCUCUCUCUACUCACUGAUCCGCAGGGGAGCAGCUCUGCACAGAGAGUCCAGCUAGCAGCUCCCUGUAAUCCAGUUCCAGAACUGGUUAACGCCAGCAAUCCUGCUGUCUUGUUAACCCUCCUGCAAAAACUGCUCAUGUCUUGUUAACCCCUGCAAAACCUGCUUUAACUUUGAUCAAGCCCUCACAUCAUUCAUCUAGUGUCAACACUUUUUUACUUUACUUUUCAAUUAAGGACUUUUUUCUUACAACGAUACUGCCUUAUUUUCUGCUUCUGUUUUGCAUUGGGACUUUUUAAAUUAUAUUUACUUGCCUUAUAAUAAAGACCUUGAAUUUAAAGACUGUGUCUGUCCAAAUCUCAGAAUACUGAGCCCAUACACCCCAAACUUGUGACAGAAAUAAUCGUCUCUAAUAUUCUUAAUGGAGCAUAUCGUGAUAGUGGUUGGAGCAACAAUAGCUUCUGCUGCAAUUUUGCCCAUGUUUUCAAGCUAUAGAUAGUUGUCCGUGGUGUGUUUGCCAUUAGCAAUUUAUAUAGAGACCAGAGAAGUUGAGACACCCUGCCACUACUCAAGUAUGAAUCUUCUAUAUCUACCCAUACUACUGACUGUUUUUCUGAACAUAAUAAUAAAGAUUAAGCUAGGAAAGAUGCAGCACAUUUCAACUGUGUAAUAGACCCUUUUAAAGACAGGAAGAACUAUAAUGGAGAAAAUAUCAAUAAAGGAUCUUCAAAUAGACUACAAACUUUGAUAGACCAAUAUAAAGUGAGGGACAUAUGGAGAAUGUUUCAUCCCUUGGAGUUGGACUUCACAUGCUAUUCAAAAACAUUCAAUUCCUACUCCAGAAUCGACCUUCUUUUGGGGGAUGUGGCCAUGAUGUACCUUGUUAAAAAGAUUGUAAUACAGGAUAUAACAUGGUCAGACCAUAACCCAAUCAUAUUGGAUUACAAAGACGCUUUUGAUAAAGACUGGCAAUUGAACGAUUAAAUAUUAUAUAAAAAUUAUAAUAUUGAACAAAUAAAAAAAAACUUUUUUUUUUUGAAAAUAAAAAUAAGGGGACAUCAGAUACUGUGGUAUGGUGCGCUUACAAAAGCGUAAUUAGAGGCCACUUGAUGGGGAUGGCAGCUAGAAUUAAAAAGAAAGAAGCUCAUUGAAUAUAAGAAACAAAAUAAAAUAACACCUUCUACAGAAAUAGCAAAGAAAAUUAGAAAUAGAACAGAACAUAAAUGUACAGUUAUCCAAUAAAAUAGCAAAAACUAGAUUUUUUUCAAUCUAAAUGGUAUCAAAAAGGCAAUAAACCUGAAGCGCUUAUGACUAGUAAGUUGAAAAAGGAAAAAAAAUAAAAGUGAUAUCUAGAAUUAGGGAUAAAGAUACAUACAUAAUGGCCCCAUAACAAAUAGGUGGAACAUUUACAUUUUUUAUAGAGAUCUAUGUAGUCUACCACAUGAUUAUUUUGGUAAUUGAAGAAAUCAAAAAAUUCUUUGAAAAUAUAAAAAUUCUCAAAAUUCUACCAGACGAAAUAGAAGUAAUAAACCAACCCAUAUCAGAAACAGAAGUUAUUAAAGCAACAGAUAAACUUAAAGAUCUGCCCCAGGCCCAGAUGGCUUUUCAAAUAAAUGUUAAAAAAUUAUAAAAGAUCAAUUAAAAUAAGAACUGGUGAAUGUUUUUAAUUAUAUGAUAAAUACAGGAAGAUGCCCUGGAGAGUUAUUGAGAACAAAUAUCGUUCCAAUUCCAAAACCAGAUAAAGAUCCAGAACUGAUAAGUAAUUUUAGACCGAUUUCAUUGAUAAACACAUACAUCAAAAUAUUCUCGUCGACUGAAAGUUGUCAUACCAGAUCUUAUUGACAAAGACCAAGUUGGUUUUAUUCCAGGUUGGUCGUCAGUUAACAAUAUCCAGAAAGUAAUAGACAUUUUGGAGGCAAUAGAGACUAAGGGGAACCCGUUGCUCAUAUCAAUAGACGCAGAGAAGGCGUUUGAUAGGGUAGGUUGGGCCUUUAUGUCAGCCACAUUGAAACAAUUUGGAUUUACAGGCCCAAUUCUAAAAGCGGUUUCUGCUCUCUAUGGCUCUCCACAGGCACAUGGGAUCUGGAUUUACCUCUCAAAUUUUUAACAUCAAAAAUGGGACAAGACAGGGAUGCCCUCUAUCGCCAUUGUUAUAUAUAUUAGUGUUAGAACCUUUAGCCAUUUCUAUAAGACAAAAUCUAAAAAUUAUAGGCUAUAGAUACCCGCUAGAGCAGAUUAAACUAAAUAUUUAUGCGGAUGAUGUAUUACUGAUACUUGAAGAGCCAGAUACUUAUAAUGUUAAAGGAGAUAAAUAGCUACUCUAGAGUAUCCGGUUAUAAAAUAAAUUUAGAUAAAUCAGAAGUCAUAGCUAAGAACAUGUGUAAGAGAUCAGUUAAUAAUCUUAUAAAAAAUUAUGGACUCCCAAACGAUAAAAAAUGUUUAAAAAUACUUGGGAAUAACUAUUACAUCAGAGGUAAAAAAGUUAAUAGAAGCUAAUUUCUUACCCUUAUUAAAACAAACUAAUAAAAACCUACGGGGUUGGGAUUCUCGUGGUCGGGCAGAAUCAAUAAACGAAGGGCCUAUAUCUUACCAAAAUGGCUCUAUUCAUGGAGAAUGAUCCCCCUUAAUUGCACGAUCACGAGCAUGUUUGAGAAAGCCCCAAGAGACGGGGCGAAACGCGUCACAUGACCUGGUGAUCAGGAUACAAGGAAGUGAACUGAAUACACACACCAGCCAGUAGGACCGGCCCCAGAAGGAGAGAUUACACUGAACUGUUAUCAAACUCCCCAUGGUGUGGUAAACUGCAGUGCUUUUUACUAUUUGACUAUCAGUUGUUUUUAUUUUUAAUAAAUGUUUUUUGCCUGACACUGAUGUUGCAGGAGCAAUUAUCAGAUCCCACGUACCCAAGGGGCUGAUCCUCCCUGGGUGAGAUAGCUUAGAGCGGGGCUCAUACCACUCUACAUUUGUGAGUUGCAUUCUUAAAGAGACAGUUUAUCUUAGUUUAAAUUUUAAUAAUUGUAUUGCACUAGGAGUGCUUUCUCUGUUCCCUCCCCCCUACUUUUGUCUCCUUAACUACAGAUACCAACUGUACAGUGUAACAGGCUAUACGUAUACACACAUAUACACUUGGGCUUGUAGACCCCCUAUAAGGGAUCACACUUGCUUGCACUGUAUCAUCUGUUUGCAAAUACUUCUCAACACUUGAGGGGUUCUAUACAUAUGUAUGCGCACCAGCACUUUUCUGUUUUGUGAUUGUUUCUGUACCUUAUUACCUGGGUAUAUUGUGGGUGCUGGAAACCUAUUUAUAUUUUAUCUUAAUUUUUUGCGCCAACUUAUCUACUGCACAUUUUAAAAAAACGUUAUACACAAAUAGAAUAUUGGGACAACUGGAUAGAUAAAUUCGAAUUUUUCUUAAAAACGUCAAAGGGUCUCUCAUCUAGAAAAACGGAAUAGAACAGGGAAGUGGAUAAAAAGUUGAAUAGUAUAUGUAAUGUGGUGGUAAUAAGACAGGAUCAGAUGGGUUAAUCGGGCGUAUAACAAUAUAGAUGACGAUAGUAGUUUGAUCAAAGAGACGAAAGGGCUCUCUCUCUACAAAUAAAGAUAAGGGACAUUAGAUAAGUAAGUGAGUUUAUUAGGGUUAUGAUAGGGAUAAUUAAGACAGGGAUGGAGUAGAGGCAGGGGGCAGAAAUAGGGAAAUAUAGGAGGAAAUAAAGGUUAAUCCCAUUAUUUAUUUAUUUUUUUGCUUGAGUUAUGAAAAGAAGGCCUUUUAUUGUGUCCAGCCUAAGGCACACCUGUGCAAUAAUCAUGGGUCUAAUCAGCAUCCUGAUUUGCCACACCUGUAUGAUGAAUGGAUUAUCUUGGCAAAGGAGGAGUGCUCACUAACACAGACUUAGGCAGAUUUGUGAACAAUAUUUGAGAGAAAUAGGCCUUUUGUGUACAUAGGAAAAGUCUUAGAUCUUUGAGUUCAGCUCAUGAAAAAUGGGGGCAAAAACAAAAGUGUUGUGUUUAUAAUUUUGUUCAGUGUAUAUUACCGUGGCCAAAAGGCAAAAAAAAAUUAAUUUAAUUUGAUUCAGUUAGAUUCAAUUAAGCAGCUUCUGUGAUCUGAUUAUAUAGGUCACAUAUAAACUAAAUGGCUACUUGUUGGUUUGAUAUUGGAAUCAAAAUAAAUUAAUCCUCUAAAUUUGGCACCAUAGCUGCUAAUAUGUUUCAGUUUGAUAUGCAAAUACAAUUACAAAUGAUAAUGCAAAAUUAGGGUUCUCACCAACUUGAAAUGAAUCAAGUAUAGUGGGAUUCCGUUGUAUCUUUUCUAUUCCUUGAUACACAGGUAUCACCACUGGAACUUCUUGCAGUAAAUCUUUUUAUGGAGGGCGAUGGGGGAAAAUCAAGUGAAUGAAAAACAGGAGGCGACAGAUCAGAAAGCUGAUUUGCGCUGGUCACAAUAUGCAGUCUGAGAACCGAGGGUAUAGAGGCGGUCAGUGUUGUAUUGAGAGGUCAGUCCACAUCAUCCCCUCGAGUGUAGGUGGCAGCGUCUACCCUACGUCAUUGCUCCACCCCCCUCCGUGCCAUUUAGAGAAUUUUCCUCGGUAAAUUGUGUUAUGUCAGUGUGUAAGUCUUUUCUCAAUUCUUGCAUUAAUAAUAUAAUUUUAUUAAUAAAUAUUUCAGAUUCCAAUAAUGCCAUUGCAGAUAGACUAGACCCUAUUUCUUGAUCUUAAUCUUGUUGUGUCAGAUAGCUUGGUGAGCUGCUGUCACUUCUUUGCUUGGUGUUUUGAGUUUCUGUACCAUCAUGGAUCAGAUAUGUAUAAAACUUUAUUUGUGCCUUUUUUUUUCUUUUCCGCUUGACAUUUUUCCCUUUUUAUUCCUCCUUUUACUUUUAAAUUAUCCCAAAAAGUAAAAAUAAACUAAUUAUAUAUACAUUCUAAGGGGUGGGGGCCUAUUUUAUUAUAUAUUGUUUUUCCUUUUUUCCUUGCCACUGAAUUAAUAUGUUAGCUUUUUCCCUUCACCCUUUUCCCUUUUUCUCUGAAUAGCCUUUUCUUUUUGGGAAUGGCAGCAAUUUAGAUGAAUUUUCUCUCUUUCCUUUGGGAAAACUGCAAUCUCCUUUUUUUUCAAAUUGUUUUCCCUUCAUUGUUCCUCUUCCUCUUUUCCUUUUUUCUUUUUCCUUUUCUCUAUUUUCUUUCUUCUUCUUUCUCUUUUUAUUCCUUUUAUAUAUAUUGUGUCUUCCUUUUUCCAAUUACCCCUGUCUGGUUUCCCCCGUCAGUCACUGACAAAUCUCCACAGAAGGGUGGACUUAUAGCAUAGAAUAAACCGUCUAUAAAUCUAUUAUAUUAAACUUUCUUGUUCGGAACUUAUUCCUCAAAUUAUAUAAAGUAGCUUUAUUAACUCAUUAAAAAGCUUAAAUAAAGUAGUUUUUGCAACUCAGGAGUGUCUUGCUUCCAGACUUCAAAGGGAAGGCAUUUUCAAGUGAAUUAGUUCUGAGCACCAGAUAUUUAUGCAGUACAUCUCCUCCGAUCUCCUCACUUAAGAGCUCCGCUCGGGACCAUCUUGGAACCCUCAUGAGUGAGAGAUAAACUGAUGUGGCAGCUCUCCAGUUUUUCAGUGCCGAUGGAAGGUAUUACCUGCAUGCUGCCACCCGUAGUGCCACAAUCAUGGUCUUACUUGCUGGAUCCACUCGUGCUGCAAGAUGCUACCCUGCCUCAUCCGGCUUGCCGUAGCCUUCCGGCUUGCUAUGUCAUCACGUAGACUUGAAGUCCUGCAUACUUAGUAUUUUAAUGGUAAAUGGCUUCUGAAUUAGUCUUAGGGAAGGGUUAAUAGUGCAUUAACAUAGUAGGUGAAAAUAACCAGCGUCUUUAUUAUGUAUAUAUGUUUCUCUAUUUAUAUAUUAUCAUUAUGACAUUUUAGGAGAAUUGUGCAAACGUGAUCGUUUAUAGCAGACAUUUUCUAGCACACUGAAAUAUGUAAGCAACCAUACAUGUCAGAACUGUUUGUGAUAUAUGUGACCGACGACAGUACAUUUCAGAAUUACAUAUAAUUAUUCUUUCAAAAUUACUUUUUUUAAACAUUUAUUCCACAUGUGAUUUAGUGGUUAUGGUGCUUGGAGUUUCUUUAACACUGUUAGUAUUAGUUGUACAGCAGCUAUCAUAGAGCUACAACUCUCAUUAAGUUUUGUCAACUAUAAGACAGGCAAAGCACCAUGGGCGUUGUAGUUCUACAAGACCAGUAGACAUUUUGUCUAUCCAUUCUAUAAACAGUUUUAGCACUUAAAAGUAUGCUCUAGGCAACGUAACGUCUUCAUCUUAAUUUUCUGGUUCCUGUUCAAUUCACCAAUAUGGCAAUGUUGUUUCAGUAAGUGUAAUGUUGGCAACUGUACAAUCUCAUUUACUACAUCUUUUAUGCUAUUUUUAUUUUUAUUUUUUAAAGGAUCAAUCUUCCUGAGGAAGAAUAUGUGAAGAUAUUCAAUUCCAUUAAUGGGUAGGUAUUGACAAAAGUUGUGUUUCGCAUAUUACAAUACACUAUCAGCCACAACAUUAAAACCACUGACAGGUGUAGUGAAUAACAUUGAUUAUAUCAUUACAAUGGUACCUGUUAAGGGUUUGGAUAUAUAAGCAUCUCUAAAACGGCAAGUCUUGUGAUGUGCUCCUGGUAUGCAAUGACCACCAAAACUGAUUCAAGGAAGGACAAUCGGUGAACUGCUGUCAGGGUCAUGGGCGCCCAAGGCUCAUUGAUGCAUGUGGAGAGGGAAGACUAGCCCAUCUGGUCCGAUCACACAGAAUAGCUACUGUAGCUUAAAAUGCUGGCUAUGAUAGAAAGGUAUCAGAAUACACAGUGCAUCACAGUUUACUGGAUUAAGCGUUUGUAGCCGCAGAUUGGUGUGUCCAUGAUGACCCCUGUCCACCAUUGAAAGUGCAUUCAAUGGGGACAUAAGAGUUAAAACUGGACCAUGGAGUGAUGGAAGGUUACCUAGUCACAUUUUCUUUUAGAUCGGGUGGAUGGGUAGGUGCAUGUGUGUUGUUUGCCAGGGGAAGAGAUGGUAGAAGUAUGCACUAUGGGAAGGAGGAAGUGUUAUGAUCUGUGAUUUGUUCGGCUCUCAAACCUUGGGUCCUGGCAUUCGUGUGGAUGUUACUUUGACACAUACCACCUACCUAGAGGUUGUUGCAGACCACGUACACCCAUACAUGGCAAUGGGUUUUCCGUGAUGGCAGUGGCCUCUUUUAGCAGGAUAAUGCACUCUGCCACACUGCAAAAAUGUGUUCAGGAAUGGUAUGAGGAACAUGACAAAGUGUUCAAGGUACUGCCUUGGGCUCCAAAUUCCCCAGAUCGUAAUCCAAUUGAGCAUCUGUUGGUACUGUAACAAUAAAUCUUGUGCUCUUCUGGAGUCCAUGCCUCAAUGCAUCAGAGCUGUUUUGGCAGCACAAGGGGAAUCUACAUGAUAAUAGGCAGGUGGUUUUAAUGUGGUGGCUGAUCAGUGUAUGUGCUAUGAAACAAUGAAGUAGUUUGGAUGUUAUGUUUUUCAUUAGAAGUUAAAUUAAACUGUUAACAAAAUGUGUUAAUUCUCCUUCAUCUAUAUGUAAUGCAUACUUCACAACAGUCCUGGAUUCAGAGGGACAAUGCCAAGUUUGGGUUCCUGACCCCCAUCUUGGGUUUGUUUCCUGACAUCCCACUUCUGGUGAAACCAAAGACAAAUUCCCUUAUAAGUAGAGCUGCAAACAGACACCAAAGUGGUGGAUGUUCAAAAGUAGGAUAAGGGACAUCAAUUAAAAAUGAAAGAUUCUUUAUUAAUAACUACUUUAAUGCCUUCAAAGUACUUUCCUAGAGUAGACAUCUAAGCCCUCAGUUUAGGUCUCCUCACGCUAACUUUUUUACCCUUGGCAUCCUCUAUAAUAGGCUUAGCUACCUUCUUUUUGAUAUCACUGUUUCUGUUUUUUCACUUUCCUUUUGGAGGCCAGUGUUUCGAAGGCUUUUUAAGUGUUUAUAAAUAAAGUAUUUUUAGUUUUUAGUUGGUGUCCCUUAUCCUGUGUUGUGAACAUCCACCACUUUGAUGUCUGUUCACCUCUUUCUUCUUUUUUUGGUUAUUUCAGUGUUAUGUUCUGUUUUUGGGAUUAAGUGUGUAAGCAACACUUCUUAAGUACACUCUCUCCACACCGGGUGCCCUUUGCUUUAAAUUCCCUGCGCACAUCAUUAAAGGCAUUCGCUUUGUGCAAACUAAAUUGUACUCACACAGUGGAGUUACAGUAUUCCUCCUAAAUAAUGGCAAAUGUAUGGAUUAAAGAAACACUCCAAGCACAAUAACGACUCGUUUCCUUCUGGUUAUUGUAGCUGUAGUGUUUUACUUAAAUUGAUGAGCUAGAAACCCACCUCUUCAGCUCACAGUUCUCCCAAAAUUGUAGGAUGGUACAUAUGCAGAUUUGACUGAACAGGGGUACAGUAGGUUACAUUCUCUGUUUAAAAAAAAAAAAAAAAAAUGGAAUGAUUUUUCUAAUGUAACUCAAAUAUUACCGCUGUCUUUGGCAAUGAAAUAGGUACACGAAAAUUCUUAAUGUGCCUAUGGGAAUAACCCUGGUUACUGUCAUUGGCAGAUGGUAUGCCAUUACUGCAAAUUUAGAGUCCAGUAGAUAACAAACGUGCACAAAUCCCUUUUAGCUGCUCCGAAUCAAAUGUCUAUUUAUCUGGUGACUAAUUAUUUGGCACAGUUGAAAGAUAUUUUGUGCACAAGUAGUAGAUAAUGCAGAUUUCUUAGUCGUAGCUUAUAAAGGCUUAUUCACAAAACCGCAAGCUAUAGUGAAUUGAAAACUGAUUUGCAAAUUAAGGCAACAACAGUUAAGCUGUGACAAUAACUAAACUGGAUAUUUUUUACCAAAUCUGCCUAUUUGUACUGAUUUUUUUUUUUUGCCUAAACCACUGAGCACAGCCAAUGUGCACACCAGUGUUUGAGAAACUUUAUAUGUUUCCCAGAUUUCUUGAAUUUUAAAUGUCCAAAAGAGGAACUGUCACUUUCCUGAUUUUAACACAUACAAAUCACUAGCUAAAAGUUAGUUGUUGGUGUGCUUAUUAAAAAAAACAAAAAACAUAUUUAAAUUUAAUGUAAUAUUCAUGAUUUGCCAGGUAACACAAGGCAAAGGAUGCAAAUUAGAUCCUGCAGUGCCGUAUACACAACACACACAAUAGGGAGAGGGUAAGAGCUCUCUAGAAGUGACAGAUCUUUCAUUCAGUAACUGAAUUUGGGAAUAUCAAUGUAUCUAAAGAGUAGAAAUGUAGUUACACUCAAAUUGGCUGCUUUACUGGUUAAAGGGACACUAUAGUUACCUGAACAACUUUAGCUUAAUGAAGCAGUUUUGGUGUAUAGAACAUGCCCCUGCAGCCUCACUGCUCAAUCCUCUGCCAUUUAGGAGUUAAAUCCCUUUGUUUAUGAACCCUAGUCACACCUCCCUGCAUGUGACUUGCACAGCCUUCCAUAAACACUUCCUGUAAAGAGAGCCCUAUUUAGGCUUUCUUUAUUGCAAGUUCUGUUUAAUUAAGAUCUUCUUAUCCCCUGCUAUGUUAAUAGCUUGCUAGACCCUGCAAGAGCCUCCUGUAUUUGAUUAAAGUUCGAUUUAGAGAUUGAGAUACAAUUAUUUAAGGUAAAUUACAUCUGUUUGAAAGUGAAACCAGUUUUUUUUGUCAUGCAGGCUCUGUCAAUCAUAGCCAGGAGAGGUGUGGCUAGGGCUGCAUAAACAGAAACAAAGUGAUUUAACUCCUAAGUGACAGUGAAUUGAGCAGUGAAAUUGCAGGGGAAUGAUCUAUACACUAAAACUGCUUUAUUUAGCUAAAGUAAUUUAGGUGACUAUAGUGUUCCUUUAAUGCAUAACACAUUUUGGGGUUUACUCACUAAUCAAUUCAUUUUGGGGUGAAGGAGGGGGAUAAAACCAAAAUUGAGAAAUGUUGACAAAUAGUUGAUUUGCAAAGCCAGCUGAAUUUGAUGUUUUUCUUGUGGACUAAGGUUUGCAAUUCUGUUAUACGUUCUCUGCAAUACUGUUAAGUUUAAAUUUCUUACAUUUUAGGAUUCUCCUUCCAGGUGGUAUUGUUGAUCUUAGACACUCAGGAUAUGCUAAAGCAGCCAAGAUAUUUUAUGACUUGGCUCUAAAGGUACCUUCUUACUGAAAAAUGACUCAUUCUGUGUAACACUGUCUCAAAUUAUUAUUAUUUAUAAAGCACCAACAAGUUCUGUAGCACUGUACAAUGGGUGGACUAACAGACACGUAUUUGCAACCAGAUAAGUUGGACACACAGGAACAAAGGGAUUGAGGGCCUUGCUCAAUGAGCUUACAUGCUAGAGGGAGUGGGGUAUAGUGACACAAAAGGUAAGGGUAGGGUAGAAAUGUAGGUUGCUAGGAUAGUGUUCAUUGAGGGUUUAGUGUUUUGUUUUGAUGACAGUUUCAGGAGAGUUUUCAUUUAGAGUGCUGGGAGAGAAAGCUGUUCACAGUUUAAUUGAUAUGCUUUCCUAAAGAAGUAAGUUUUCAAAUAAUUUUUUAAGGAGUGGAAAUUGGGUGAAAGUCUAACAGAGAGGGGAAGGGCUUUCCAUAGGAACGGUGCAGCCCUAGAGAAGUCUUUAAGGUGAGCAUCAGAGGUAGGAGUACGAAGAGAGGUUAGACAUAGGUCUCUGGCAGAGCGUAGGGGCCUAGAUGAGACAUAUUUGUGUAUUAGUGAGGAGCAGCAUUUUGUAGAGAUUUGUAAGCAAGUAUCAGGAUCUUAACCCCUUAAGGACACAUGACGGAAAUAUUCCAUCAUGAUUCCCUUUUAUUCCAGAAGUUGUGUCCUUAAGGGGUUAAAUUGAGUCCUAUAUCUUACGGGUAGCCAAAGUAGGGACUGACAAAGGGGGAAGGCGUGGCAGAUGCGGGUGGACAGGAAAAUUAGAUUGUUUAAUUGCGCGUAUGCCAUAUCAAUUUAUAAAUGUGAUCCAGGAAGGGUACUGAGAGCUAGUUAUGUAAUAGAUUCCAAUGUUUCAGGUAGGCAAAUGUACAGUUUAUACAUUUUACUGUAGGAAUAAUCAACAUAUGAAUAAAAUAAAAAAAUAUACUUAUUGAAGAUCACAUGCAUCCUGUAUGAGAUGAUGACUUAAAACAAAGAUAAGUGCAGCAUUUUCAGCACUAUAAAAUGGAACUAUGUCAUAUUAUUAUAAAAAAAUGUCAAUAUUAUAAGUUGUACGCUGCACUUAAAGGGACUCUCCAGUGCCAGGAAAACAUAUCCGUUUUCCUGGCACUGCAGGACCCUGCAGUGCCCCUUCCCUCUCCCUGCAGUGUCCCUUCAGUGACUUACCUGAAUCCAGCACUGAUGUCCCUCGGCACUGGGUCAGGCUCCGCCCAUGCUCCUCCCCCGCAGACGUCAGCCGGUGGGGGAGACCUAAUGCGCAUGCGUGGCAAUGACCGUGCGUGCUUUAAACCUCCCCAUAGGAAAGCAUUAUUCUUCUUGGCAUUUCAAUGCUUUCCUGUGGGGAUUCCGGCGACGCUUGAGGUCUUCAUGCAUAGCGUGAGGACGUCCAGCGUAGUUUAAAACACUUAUCGUGUUCUAAGAACACAGAAGACCCUCUAGUGGCUGUCUAAUAGACAGCCAAUAGAGGAGGACUUAACCCUACAAGGUAACUAUUGCAGUUUAUAAAAACUGGAAUAAUUACACUUGCAGGAUUAAGGGUGGUGGGAGUUGGCACCCAGACCACUCCAAUGGGCAGAAGUAGUCUGGGUGCCUGGAGUGUCCCUUUAAUUUUUUUGUGCAUGAAAUUGUAUAGUGUUGGUUUAUAGGCUUUGUUACCUCUACGGUCUCGGAAAUUUCAGAGUAUAAUUUGCUUCACAAAUAGCAACAUUUCCUUUGUAACAUACUCCUUUUGCUCCAGGCUAAUGACAACGGUGACUAUUUUCCGAUUUGGGGAACAUGUCUGGGAUUUGAAGAACUAACUUAUCUUACAAGUGGGGAACUGUUACUAACGUUGACUGAGACAGAAGAUGUUUCAUUACCUCUGAACUUCAGUCAAGGUGUGUAUAGACAUUUCUACUAAAUGUUCUUACAUAGAUAUCUGAAUAGGAGUGUCUUCAUUUUUAAACCAAAUUAUGCAUAUGUAAUACAUAUUUAAAGAUGUAGAUAUGGGAAAUUAGACAUUGGUCAGUGUUGAUAAAAAAUAUACUACAUAAUUUGUGUUUUAAAGGAGCACUUUGAAGUGGUUAUAGUUCAGAAGUUCAACAUUUUAUGCUAAUGGUAAUCAGCUGUGUGAAGGAGUAUACAUACAUGUCCAGGUAAGGGGUGAUACAGAUACCCUUGAAAAAAGGCAUCAAGUUUUGUGCCGAAACAUUAGGGGUUUAGUGAUUGUGUGCCCUGGUAUUUUACUAUUUGCCAUUUCGUUCAGGUGUGAUUUAAGCAAAAUAACUCAUAUAGUAAUUGUCUUACCUAGAAUGUGGGGGUAAAAGUGUAUUUUAGUGUAUUUUAUUAUCUGGAUUUAGUUAUUUUGCUUAUUGUGCCACUUAAUCACACCUGAACAAAAUGGCAAAUAAUAAAAUAUGCUAAAAUACACUUUUACCGUAUUGCUUUGUUGUAUUUAUUAGUUCACGGUGUCUUUUGUUUUGUACUUAUUGCAUGUUUAUCUUCAUAUAUAUAAAUAAAGUAUUAUAAUAAAUUAUAACCUCAGUAACUGUAGUGUGCUUCCUGGUUUUUACACUUAUAGUGCCAGGAGUGCCCUAAUAUCCCCACCAUUUUAACCCCUUUAACCUCUUCAGGACGGAGUCAUUUAAAUUUAAAAAAAUUUGAGAAAAUAAAAAUUAUUUUUUUUAAUUUGUAUUUCCGUCUGACAUUUUAGCUGUUAAUGUCAUAAUACUGUUAGGUAAAAAAAUGCACAUAUUUGUAAUCAGCGAUGUCUCACGAGUACAACAGUACCCCCCAUUAACAGGUUUUAUGGUGUUUCGGAAAGUUACAGGGUCAAAUAUAGAACGUUCCAUUUUCAAAUUAAAAUUUGCCAGAUUAGUAAUGUUACCUUUGAGACGGUGUGGUAGCCCAGGAAUGAGAUUACCCCCAUAAUGGCAUACCAUUUGAAAAAGUAGGCAACCCAAGGUACUGAAAGUGGGGUAUGUUUAGUCUUUUUUAGUAGCCACUUAGUCACAAACACUGGCCAAAGUUAGCGUUCAUAUUUGUUUUUGUGUGAAAAAAGCAAAAAACUAAUAUUUGGCCAGUGUUUGUGAUAAUAUUUGAUAAUAUUUGAGUUCAGCUACGUCUCCCGAGUAAAACAGUACCCCCUAUGUACAGGUUUUAUGGUGUCUUGGAGAGUUAAAGGGUCAAAUAUAGUGCUUGUGAAUUAAAUUCACUGCACUUUCUCCCUGUCAGGCAUGUCAAUCAAAUUUUAAUUAAUCAGAUCACAUAAUUAUGUUAAAAGACUUAAUAUCAAAAUACACUUUGUAUGACGUUACAUAUAUAUAAUGUGUAUAUAUAUUAUAUAUAUAAUAGAUAUACAUAUAUUAUAUAUAUAAAUACAUUUCUAUUUUAUUUUACAACAUGUUUAAUGAUUUUUAACCCCUUCAGGAUGGAGUCAAUAGUACACGUUCUGAUCAAAACAAAACCUUGAAUUUGCGCUAUAUGUCUGUUCAGGCGUAAUUCACCUCUUUCAUAUUAUGUGCACCCACACUUAUCAUAUAUCAUUUUGUUCAGGAGAAACCGGGCUUUCUUUCAUGUCACAUCAAAUAUUUGUAUAUUAAGCAUAAUUUAAGAUUAAUAAAAUGUAAUAAAAUAUGAGAAAAUAAUAAAUGUUGUUAUUUUUUUAAUUCUGCUUGGCAUUUUAACUGUGAAUGUCACAAUACUGUUAGCUAUCACUGCAAUUAAGUACACAUAUUUGUAUUCAGCAAUGUCUCACGGGUAAAACAGUACCCCCAAUGUACAGGUUUUAUGGUGUUUUGGAAAGUUACAGGGUCAAAUAUAGCACAUUACAUUUUUCAGUUUAUACACAUUGAAAUUUGCCAGACUGGUUAUGUUGCCUUUGAGAGUUUUAUGGUGUUUUAUAAGUUACUGAGUAAAAUAUAAGGCUUGAGUUUCCUUUUUUUCACAUUGAAAUUUGCCGAUUGGUUAUGUUGCUUCUGAGACUGUAUGGUAGCCCAGGAAUGAGAAUUACCCCCAUGAUGGCACACCAAGUAGACAAAAGUAGACAACCCAAGGUAUUACAAAUGGGGUACGUCCAGUCUUUUCUAUUAAGUCACUUAGUUACAAACACUGGCCAAACUUAGCGUUCACAUUUGUUUGUGUGUGAAAAAUACUAUUUUGGCCAGUGUUUGUGUCUAAGUGGCUGUCUAUUUUUGUCUAGCAUGCACUUGUGGCUCGCCAGGCCGCAAACAUGUCCAUUGAGUUUGACAUAUUUGGCUUAGAAUAACUACUGUCUGAUAUCGUGUGAAAACAUGUAUAUGUCAAGCUCACGUGCUCUUUACACCUAACGCAAAUGUUUAUCUUUUAAUCUUUAUGUAUUUUUCCAGAUGCCUUAAGAAGCAAGUUAUUUAGAAAUAUUCCAAAGGAUCUGUAUGAUAAUCUUUCCAAAUUACCUAUAACGUCAAACUUUCACUCCUGGAGCUUGUCUGUGGAGGUAAAUUGCUUGUUAACAUUAAUUGAGUUAGAAAUGUGCUCUCCUCCCCAUCAUUCGAACUUAUUACAUUAGAAUAUAUACAAAAUAGCAAAAUAAGGUGUGAUUGGCGCUAAUAGAGAAAUGCACGAAUUCCCAAUGCCACUGAACAACGAAUGUGGCAUAACAAUAAAAUAUAUAAAGAAUUAGAAACAGAGUGGGAAGUGCUAGAACAUAAUAAACAAUAAAAUACUUAGAUCUGAGUUGCCAGUAAGAUACAGGAAUAACAGAUCUAUAUAGGAGACAAAAACAUGGAUGCUCGCAUAGUGAAAUAUAGUUAUUCAAAUGUAUUAAUAGCAAGAUCUACUCAGAACUACUCACAUUUACCAGAGCCACUUAUAGCAGCCUCCGGCUACGUAGAUAUAUAGGUAAGUAAACUGUAUCCAGCUCCUAUGGCUACCACGCAGACCAAGUAAGGAAUCCCCAGGAAGCAGUGGAUAGAAAGACAGGAUACUUUAUUUCUCAAAAUAAUUAAAAACACAACGCAUGUGUUUAAGAGUGUAAUUUAGGAGUUAAAGGUUUAUUCCAGUCUUUUUCAAAUCUUGCUUUAUUUUCUCUCCUUUUUUAUUUAUUUAUUUAUUUUUUAGUGCACCUCUUACUUUGUUUCUCCAUGCUUUUAAAAAACAUUAAUACAUUUUUUUUUUCUCUACGAACAAUAUUUAAUGUUAAGAUACUGAAAUUACUUUACUUACUAAUAUCAAUAUUACAAGAAUGUAAAUUAAAUCUUAGGAUAACUGCUAGAAAGAACUAGCUCGACUAUCUUAAAAUUAAGUUUUCUGUUUUUUAACUGAACUGGAGAUAUUAUAUUUGACAGCUCUGGAUUUAGAUAGUAAAGGUGAUAAAUAGUAUAUAAGACAAUUAAGUGGACUGUGUUAUUUGGAAAAUUUGAGGUAACCUUUAUUGUGUAAUGUUUGCCUUGUGAUAUUUUAUGUAAAUGAUUGUAACCACUUCCCCUUUCUUUUUGUAACCUUCCCUUAAAUAAAAAAAUAAAUAAAAAACACUAAUUAAAAAAUAAAUACAUUUAAAAAUAGUAAAACACUUACCUUGAAGGACCACUAUAGUGCCAGGAAAACAUACUCGUUUUCCUGGCACUAUAGUGCCCUGAGGGUGCCCCCACCCUCAGGGUCCCAAUCUCGCCCGGCUCUGGAAAGGGGAUAAAACUUACCUUUUUCCAGCGCUGGGCGGAGAGCUCUCCUCCUCCGAUCCUCCUUUUCUCCUCCCCGUCGGCUGAAUGCGCACGCGCGGCAAGAGCUGCGCACGCAUUCAGCCAGUCACAUAGGAAAGCAUUCAUAAUGCUUUCCUAUGGACGCUGGCGUGCUCUCACUGUGAAAAUCACAGUGAGAAGCACGCAAGCGCCUCUAGUGGCUGUCAAUGAGACAGCCACUAGAAGAAAUAGGGGAAGGCUUAACCCAUUCACAAACAUAGCAGUUUCUCUGAAACUGCUAUGUUUAUGAAAAAAUAGGUUAACCCUAGCUGGACCAGGCACCCAGACCACUUCAUUAAGCUGAAGUGGUCUGGGUGCCUAGAGUGGUCCUUUAAAUCCCACACCAGGCCAAGUUCUCUCCGAUCUCUUCCAUACCUUCUCUGUUGGCUGCUUAAAGGGAGAGAAUGGGUUACUAAACUGAGGAAGGGAAUAGAGUCAGAGCUGCACCGAGGGAGAGAAGGGGUUAAUAGACUGAGUGAAGGGGAAGCAGACAGGGCUGCACAGCGGGUGAGAAGAGGUUAAUAGACUGAGUGAAGGGAUAGCAGGCAGGGCUAAAACUAAAUGAAGGGGAGGGAGCGAGCUUCACAUUGCAGGCAGCUUUGCCUGACAAGUGAAGAAGGUGAUGAGGACAGACAAUUUAUGCAUGACGUGUUUAAUUUAGCAUUUCUUAUCUCCAGGUCUGUCAAUAGCAUGAGAUAAUGAAAGUUCAAUUAACAAAGUAGGAAAUAUCUUUUUAAAGCAAACUCAAUUUCUGAUUGAAUCUUAAAGGAAUUCGUAGGGUAAGGAAUACAAAUCUGACCCCCCCUUUAGUCACUUACCCGAUUCCACCACCGAUAUCCAUCGGCACUCCGCCUCCUUCAAUGUAAUCCGAUGGCAGGGCUAAUGUGCAUGUUCGGUGAGCGCAUUAAGCCAGAGUGUGAUGAUGUCCAGCGUCAGUUAGGCAAGCUUAAGUUGGUUAGCAAGUGCCUUUAGUGGCUGUCUUAUUCAUUCAAUGUAAUUAUUGCAGUUUCUCAGAAGGUCAAACUCUGAACCUUAACUUACUCUAUUUCUUUUAAAGAGCGUUUUCUCCCCAUGGCAUCCAAAGAAGCACAGCAGUGAGUAAUGUGUAAACCCCUGCUUAACCCCUUAAGGACACAUGACAUGUGUGACAUGUCAUGAUUCCCUUUUAUUCCAGAAGUUUGGUCCUUAAGGGGUUAAUGUGGCACUCCGGGCACCAUUACUACUUUUAUGCAUUUGAUAGUUUUUGGCCUUAUCAAUAUGCUGUAUUUUUCUGCACGCUCAAAUCUUUAAAGUUUUUGGAUAAAAUAAAUAAAAUGUUUUGCAGAAUGCUGUACCAUAAGCCUGCCUCGAUAGCCACACCCCCUCACUCCAGAAAAAGACUUCCUUAUCAAACAGGUAUGGACACAGCUCAGCCACUGACAGUGCUGAAUGAUCUGAACAACAAUACAACCUGCAUUAGAAGAAGAGGAUACCCAGGGAGGUAGUUAGGAUAUCACUACCUGUUUGUUGUUCCACUGACUGUCUGCACCCAGCUUGUGAAUUAAAAACAGCUCACUAAAAGCUGUUGGGGCUAAGACUAUCUAACUAGCAUACCUUUGAGAAAUCUUUUGGUGCAGCAUUCUGCAAAACAUUUACUUUUUUUUUUUUUUUUUGUGCAAAAAUUAUAAAGAUUUGAGAAUGCAAAGAAAUACAGCCUAUUAACAAGCCCAAAAUCUAUCAAAUGCAUUAAAGGAUCACUAUAGUCAAAAUAUAAAAGCAAGAAAGACAGGUCCCUUCUUCCUUGCUUUUAUAUUAAUUUUCUCUGUAAAAAAAAAAUAUUACAUUAAUUUUAUUAUAAUAAAAACUUACCUCUGUUCCAGCGCCGAAAUCCUCGGCAGUCCACGCCCCCUUUUUCAUCAAACCGAUGAUUAAACAGGACUCAAUCAAACACUUCUCUUGGAGAAGCGUCAUUGCUUUGUACUGCGCAUGCGGGGCUUCGCACUGCUCCAAUCAGGUUCUUCAUAGAGCGCCAUUGAAAUUAAUGCCGCUCUAUGAGAGAACACUAAGCGAUUUACCGCGUAUGUGCGCGUUGUGCGAUUACUAUCUAUCUGUAUCUAUGUAUAUCUUAUCUAUAUCUAAUAUCUAUCUAUAUAUCUAUCUCUAUGUAUAUCUAUAUCUAUAUAUAUUGUAUCUAUCUAUAUCCAUUUAUCUGGAUCUAUAUCUAUCUAUCUAUCUAUCUAUCUAUCUAUCUAUCACUCUUAACUCUUGUUCUAACCCUCUCUUUCUCUAACUCUCUCUCUCUCUAACUCACUCUAUUUCUCUAACUCUCUUUCUCUAACUCACUCUCUUUCUCUGACACGCUUUCUCCGACUCUCACUCUCUCUCUCUGACAGACUCUCUCUGACACUUUCUCUCUCUGAUACUCUCUGACACUCUCUCUAACUCUCUGUCUAACUCACUUAUUUGUAAACUAAGUUUACUUCUAUGUGAAGUCCAGUAGAUCUCUGGAUCCUCCUGCUCGGUCCCCAGCCUCCUGUCUUCUGCCUUCAGCCUCAGGGCCUGCAGUGUUCUGAUACUAUGUUUGAAGUCUUCAGCUAACCAUGAAGACGUCAAAAAUGAGUACUGCACAUCAGGCAGGACUUAACCAGGAAGUCCCUCUAGUGGCUGUCAGAGUGUUCCUAGGCUUUUUAAUGUAAACAUUGCCUUUUCUUCUAAAAUACAGUGUUUACAUUAAAAAGUCUGCAGGGAUCUACUGUACUCACCAGAACAACCUAAUUAAGCUGAAUUUGUUCAGGUGACUAUAAUGUCCUUUUGAAGUUGUAUUGGUGCAGUACUAAACUCAAAAUUGUGAAACAAAUUCUGAUUUGCGUCACUGAUCUUAGGAAUGCAAUUAUGAUUAUUUUACAGCCCUUUUAAAAUAUAUAUAAAAUAUAUAAUACACUAUAUGUAUUAAUGCUUCCAUGAAGAUAGAAUGUUAUCUUUUAAAAUAGUUGAUGUAGAUUUUUUUUUUUCUUAUGAAAACCUAUUGUUGGUUUGAUAAAAAAAAUAGAAUAUUGUCUGCCACAAACUGUUAGUAGUUUUUUUUUUUCUUGUCUUCAUAUUUGUGAAAACUGCAGUUUCCUGUAAUAUGACAAAUGGAAACAACCUAAUUUUACAAACUCAAUAAAUUCCAUUAUGUAUACAGAAGCAAGAAGGGAUUGAAACAAAUGAUUAUGUAAUAAUACUAAUAAUACUCGCUGCAUGAGAAGGCUUUGUAAGUAAACAAUGUCUCUUUAAUGAGUCUUUAUUUAACCCCUUAAGGAUGGCGGGCGUACUAUGACGUCUUUGGGGACCUGGCUCUAAAUGCUGGCAGGCGGCAUAGUACAUCCCCGCCGUCCAAGGGAUCUUAUCUGCUCGCAUCCCAGGCAGUCCCCAUGCUGCCGAUUCAGCCCUCCCGGCCCCAUGUGUUCGCGAGGUCCUUAUGAGGACCUCACGAUCACACAGACGGAUUAGCCGUCCAUAGCAGUGCCAGCAGAGGGACUGCCUGGAAUGACAGAUAGUCCCCCUGCUGCUUGUAAAAAAGUUCAAUAAAGGUUAAAAACAGUGUAAAAUAAAAUAAUAUAUAUUUAGAUCAUAUAUAUAUAUAUAUAUAUAUAUAUAUAUAUAUAUGCAUAUUAUCUAAGUAUGUAUGUAUGUACAGUUGCAAGAAAAAGUAUGUGAACCCUUUGGAAUGAUAUGGAUUUCUGCACAAAUUGGUCAUAAAAUGUGAUCUGAUCAUCAUCUAAGUCACAACAAUAGACAAUCACAGUCUGCUUAAACUAAUAACACACAAAGAAUGAAAUGUUGCCAUGUUUUUAUUGAACACACCAUGUAAACAUUCACAGUGCAGGUGGAAAAAGUAUGUGAACCCCUAGACUAAUGACAUCUCCAAGAGCUAAUUGGAGUGAGAUGUCAGCCAACUGGAGUCCAAUCAAUGAGAUGAGAUUGGAGGUGUUGGUUACAGCUGCCCUGCCCUAUAAAAAACACACACCAGUUCUGGGUUUGCUUUUCACAAGAAGCAUUGCCUGAUGUGAAUGAUGCCUCGCACAAAAGAGCUCUCAGAAGACCUACGAUUAAGAAUUGUUGACUUGCAUAAAACUGGAAAGGGUUAUAAAAGUAUCUCCAAAAGCCUUGCUGUUCAUCAGUCCACGGUAAGACAAAUUGUCUAUAAAUGGAGAAAGUUCAGCACUGCUGCUACUCUCCCUAGGAGUGGCCGUCCUGUAAAGAUGACUGCAAGAGCACAGCGCAGACUGCUCAAUGAGGUGAAGAAGAAUCCUAGAGUGUCAGCUAAAGACUUACAAAAGUCACUGGCAAAUGCUAACAUCCCUGUUAGCGAAUCUACAAUACGUAAAACACUAAACAAGAAUGGAUUUCAUGGGAGGAUACCACAGAGGAAGCCACUGCUGUCCAAACAAAACAUUGCUGCACGUUUACAGUUUGCACAAGAGCACCUGGAUGUUCCACAGCAGUACUGGCAAAAUAUUCUGUGGACAGAUGAAACCAAAGUUGAGUUGUUUGGAAGAAACACACAACACUAUGUGUGGCUAAAAAAAGGCACAGCACACCAACAUCAAAACCUCAUCCCAACUGUGAAGUAUGGUGGUGGAGGCAUCGUGGUUUGGGGCUGCUUUGCUGCGUCAGGGCCUGGAUGGAUUGCUAUCAUCGAAGGAAAAAUUAAUUCCAAAUUUUAUCAAGACAUUUUGCAGGAGAACUUAAGGCCAUCUGUCUACCAGCUGAAGCUCAACAGAAGAUGGGUGUUGCAACAGGACAAUGACCCAAAGCAUAGAAGUAAAUCAACAACAGAAUAUUGCUGAACUGAAACAGUUCUGUAAAGAGGAAUAGUCAAGAAUUACUCCUGACCAUUGUGCACGUCUGAUCUGCAACUACAGGAAAUGUUUGGUUGAAGUUAUUGCUGUCAAAGGAGGUUCAACCAGUUAUUAAAUCCAAGGGUUCACAUACUUUUUCCACCUGCACUGUGAAUGUUUACAUGGUGUGUUCAAUAAAAACAUGGCAACAUUUCAUUCUUUGUGUGUUAUUAGUUUAAGCAGACUGUGAUUGUCUAUUGUGACUUAGAUGAUGAUCAGAUCACAUGUUAUGACCAAUUUGUGCAGAAAUCCAUAUUAUUCCAAAGGGUUCACAUACUUUUUCUUUCAACUAUAUAUAUAAAUAUAUAUGUAUAUAUAUAUAUAUAUAUACAUACACUGUCAAAGUGUAUUUUAAUAUUGGUUACAUUGCCUUUGAGACCGUAUGGUAGACCAGGAAUGAGAAUUACCCCUGUGAUGGCAUACCAUUUGCGAAAGUAGACAAUUUAGGGUAUUUCAAAUGGGGUAUGUCCAGUGUUUUUUAGUAGCCACUUAGUCACAAACACUAGCCAACAUUGGCGUUCAAAUAAUUUUUUGGCAUUUUUUACACACAAACAAAUAUUAACGCUGACUUUGGCCAGUGUUUAUGACUAAGUGGCUACUAAAAAAGAUUGGACAUACCCCAUUUGCAAUACCUUGGGUUGUCUUCUAUUGCAAAUGGUGUGCCAUCAUGGGGGUAAUUCACAUUCCUGGGCUACCAUAUGGUCUCAAAGGCAACGUAACCAAUCUAGCGAAUUUCAAUGGGAAAAAAAUGAAAAAUGUAACAUGCUAUGUUUGACCCUGUGACUUCCCAAAACAACAUAAAACCUGAACAUGGGGGGUACUGUUUUACAUGUGGGAUAUCGCUGAAUACAAAUAUGUGUAUUUUAUUGCAGUAAAAGCAAACAGUAAUAUGACAUUCACAGUUAAAAUGUCAUGCAGAACUAAAAAAAUAAUAUUUCUUAAUUUCUCACAUUUCUUUAUAUUUUAUUCAUAUUAAAUUAUGUUUCAUAGCUAAAUAUUUGAUGUUAAAUGAAAGCCCUAUUUCUCAAUAAAAUUAUAUAUUAAGUGUGGGUGCACUUAAUAUGAAAGAGGUGAAUUAUGAUUGAACAGAGAUAUAGUCAAACUCCAAGUUUUGUUUCCGUUUUAUUUUGAUUAAAACGUAUGCAUUUGGCUCAGUCCUUAAGGGGUUAACUAUCCCAUUUCUGUACAGCUUAGCAUUAUUCUUUAUUUCAGUCCUUGUGUAUUCCAUUGCUGUUGCUUGAAGUACUGCUAGUUAAGCUUGACAUGUGUUAAGGUGGCAUACUCCCAUUGACCUACCAUUUGUGGCUAUGUCUUUUAUGUUUUCUUUGCAGAAUUUUACAGCUAAUGAGAAAUUGAAAGAGUUCUACAAUGUUUUGUCAACAAAUUCCGAUGGCACAGUGGAAUUUAUUUCUACAUUUGAAGGUAUUUUUUGAUGCUUUUUUUUGUUUUGUUUUUUGCUAAAGCUGCUAAUUGAAUAUUUUUUACACACAGCAGAGUAAAAUCCUAGAGUUAAAGUACUGUAUCCACAGCAGUCUGUAUACACUUAGUGCACUGGGGAAAGGGUUAACCCAGCACUCAAAAUCUGCCUGUACACAUUUAAUAAUGCAGAUACUAUAUUUUUUUGAAAGAUAAAGGUAAAAAUAAAGGUAAAAAUCUACAAUAUUGGAAUUACAAAACAACAAACCCACUUUGAAUGUUAUUCCAGUGAGUUUGUAAAAAGUAUAACAAAGAGGCAAACAUGUAUUCCUGAUCCUAUAGUAUUAAAACACUAUCUAGCCUCCGAAAUAGAGUAAAAUCUUACCUUUAUUUUAGUUUGCUGACUCUGUCUCUGAUCUGCCUCCUUGGCUGACAUCAUUAAAAGUGAUGAUUUUAGCCAAUCACAAUGCUUUCCCAUAGCAAAGCAUUGGAUUAACUGAGGUUCUCAAUUUUUCUGACAACCUCAGCCAAACACUGCCCUGUUCAAUAAGCAUCUCCUCAUAAAGAUACAUUGAAUCAAUGCAUUUCCAUGAGGAAAGUUCAGUGUCUCCAUGCAGAGGAUAAGGACACUGAAUGUCAGUGCUGCACAGUAUGUAGCACUGCCCCAGGAAGCACCUCUGGUAGCCACCCGAGGAGUGGCCACUGAAAGUGUCCCUAGGCUGUAAUGUAAACACUUUCUUUUCUCUAAAAAGACAGUGUUUGCUGUAAAAAGCAUGCAGAGAAUGAUUAUAGUCACCAGAACAAAUACAACAAGCUGUAGUUGUUCUAGUGACUAUAGAGUCCCUUUAAAAGUAAAUGUCCUGUAUGUUAGGCUAUGCUUCUUUGUAUAUUGAAUUGGGUCUAUUCACAUGGAACCCUCUGUUCAAUCUAUCUGUCUAAUCUAUCUCAUAUACACCUUCUCCAGGAUAACUCAUUUUCAUUCUAAAUAUGCUUGUUUGGCUAUUUGAUUUUGUUUUUGUUUAUAUAUAAAGACAGAAAUAUGGAAUAUGAUCCAUAAAAGAUUCUGGGUUUGUCUUGUAGUGUGAAAAUUGUAGGUAGAUUAAAGGGACACUCUAAGGAUGAUUAGUAUUAGUUCACAAUGUUCUGUAGUGGUUAAGAAAUUUUAGGGUUCAGCACCCUUUUUGUCAAACUAUUUGAGCGGUGUGACAAAACGUGAGGAUCCACAGAACCCAAAGAUCACUCCCGUUCCUGAGACUAUAGAAUAAUUUCACUUCCUCAAUAUCCAUACUUAAUAAUAAGAUUGCAAGGAAAGGUUGACAAGGCUGGGAGUUUCAUGUACUUCUCUUCAACUAUGUUGAAUGUUUUAAUCCAAUUAUAUGAUAUGACAAACCAUUAACAACUUUUGUUCCAACUGUUAAAGCUUACUUACCUGUAAUCCUCAGAACAUCAAGAGCUUGUCUAUAGCAACUGGUGUACAUUUUCCACAUCAGAAUGCCUUUUGCUAAAUUCUGAUGUGGAGGAAAUAGUAAGUGCUGCUCAUUGGGAGUAAGUGUUUGCACAGUCAAAGUUCAGAAAGCUAAAGUGGUUAUGAUGCCUAGUGUGCCAAUAUGUUAUGGGUCACUCUAAACACAGUAACAAAGUUACAGUAUUGCAAAAUAUAUGAUGCAGAUCGUAUCCCCCUCUCAUUCUUAGCUCUGAAAGUGGUUUCUUACUGCAGCGAAUUGCGGACGCUAUUAGAUAUCUCACCUCUGAAAGAUGGACCAUUUAUGGGCUACCUAUGCAAAUUGUGUCCACAUUUUUUAUUUUUUAUGAAUUAUUUUUUUUUUAUUUUUUUUGUCUUUCCCAUUUUCUUUAUUAAACCAAUCCUCUUUUAGCAUAUGAUUAUCCAAUCUAUGGAGUUCAAUGGCAUCCUGAAAAAAUUUCGUUUGAGUGGAAGAUAGCACCUGGAAUCUCACACACAGCAGAGGCGGUGUAUGCAGCAUUUUAUAUGGCUGAGUUCUUUGUUAACGAAGGUAAGGCAUGUAAUAGACUUAUAUACAAUGUAUUUUUAUGUUCAUAUUUUCUCUUUCUUUCUAAAUAUUUAUACACUUAUAGCAGAACUGUCAUAUAGCUUUCUAUAUGUUGUGGGUAGUGCUGUUUUUCUAAUUGCCAAUCAUUUUAAUUUUAUAAUAAUGUUUUUGCACAAAAAUAUAAUUUUUUAUAUAUUGUUUUAAACUGAUUUUUUAGAAUUUAAAUUGCUUGCCUAGUUAUCCUAGUUACACACCAUGUAAAUGAACUUAACGCAAUCCGUUCCAUGCAUGCAGGCACAUGUAUCUUUAUAGAGGAAUUGUCCAGGCAUGAUUGACGAACACUCAGAGCAUUAUGAGGCAGUUGUAUCUCCUGCUUCUUGUAGUACAGAAGUGCUAUGGAACCAGUGUUGUACUAGUGCAGGGGUGCCCAAAACACCCCAGAUGUUUUAAAACUACAGCUUCCAUGAUGCUUUGGCAUUCUAAAGGCAGGUAAAGCAUCUGGGAGUUGUAGUUCUACAACAUCCGGGGAUCUACCUUUUGGGCACCCCUGUACUAGUGGGUGCUGAAAGUGAAAAGUACCUUUUUAUCUGUAUAUUAAUUUUAAUGUGUAGUCACAAAACCAUAUACAGUCAAGAAAAUAUUGUAUUGAAAUGUAAACUGCACAUUUUGUAUAAAGCAAUAACGGACAUUAAUACCAUAUUUAAUUAGUCAGCAAAUUGUAAUAAAGCUGAAGGAAUUCAUCUAGCAGUGUCUCAUUCUUCGCAACAAGGGGUGUGGGGAUACCUAGGAAGAGGGUGUGGGUGGUCACAAAGCAGAGGGCAAGAAAGAAGCUGCCUCUCCCCAACAGGCCCUGUCCAGCUAGGCCAGACAACUCUGCCAUCCCUAGAUCAGCAAAAUGCUAUAUUGUUGCCAUGACAAAGUCACAUUAAGCCACCAACAAGUUUGAGUAACUUUGUGUCUUGAUAAUUAAGCCAUCGCCUAGGCAUUCUAAUUAUAUAUUUCAGCUCUUUUUAUAAAAGAACAAAAGUUCAAAAACACAGAAGUAUUCCUGACCAUAUAAACACUAUCUAGCCCACCUGCCUUCCCUACUUUAACACUAAAUAUAGUAAAAUCUUACCUUUAUUCCAGUCUGUUGGUGCUGGCUCUGCCAAUCAAAUGCUUUCCAAUAAAUUUGAGAUUGUCAAUUCUGAUGAUCUCAGCCGAGGAGGCAUGCCCGGAGCAUAGCCAAAUGCCACCCUGGUAAAUCAGCAUCUCCUCAUAGAGAUGCUCAGUGCCUCCAUGCAGAGGGUGGGGACAUUGAAUACCACUGCUGCACGCUUUGCAGCACUGCCCCAGGAAGCACCUCUGGUAGCCAUCUGAGGAGUGGCCCAUGGAGGUAUCCCUAGGCUGUAAUGUAAACACAUUUUCUCUUUGUUUACUGCAAAAAUCCUGAAUGGAAUGAUUAUAUUCACCAGAACAAAUACAUUAAGCUGUAGUUCUUCUGGUGACUAUAGUGUCCCUUUAAUGAAUGCAGUUGCAGAAAAAAAUGUUCUGCUACUCAAGCAAGCUCGAUCUGUUCUUUGCAUCAGCUUGCUAUAGAAUGACAUAUAUCUUUAUGUCACUGACCUGCAUUUUAGCCUAUUGUUCUUAUUAUUAAAAAAAAUAGUUGCACAAUACUAAUUAGAAUUUUCAACUCUUUUACAGCAAGAAAAAGUCUACAUAAAUUUCCAGACACCACACAAGAAAAUGAAGCUCUAAUCUACAAUUACUGCCCAAAGUACACUGGAAAAAUCUUUGACCAAAUGUAUUUUUUCUGA